CCCUCCCUGGGGCGGCUCCGCGAGGGCGGGUUGAGCCGCGCCAGGCCGAGCCGAGCCGAGCCGCUCCGCUGCUUCCUUCCUUCCUUCCCGCUCUCCGUCCGUCCGUCCGUCCGUCGGCAGCCCGCGAUGUCAUCGGGCGGCAGCCUGAGCACCAUGCAGCGGCUGGUGGAGCAGCUGCGGCUGGAGGCGGCCGUGGAGAGGAUCAAGGUCUCUCAGGCAGCUGCAGAACUCCAGCAGUACUGUAUGCAAAAUGCCUGCAAAGAUGCCUUGCUUGUUGGGGUUCCUGCGGGGAGCAAUCCCUUCCGAGAACCCCGAUCCUGUGCUCUACUCUGAAAUCAGGGAAGGUGAUUGGAGAGCUGCCUUCGAGCAUGACAUGAAUAACAACUGCCUUUCCUUCAAAAGAAAAGCCUCUCUCUGUGUCCCAACGUUUGUAUGGCGAAAACAAUGUCCUCGAUAUUUAUCUGUUUGCUCUUCUGAAUUUGUACUUCACUAUCUUUUGCUAAUGUUCUUACAGUUUUUUUAAUGUAACUCUUUUAAUAAUCGUCACAAUUGUUACUGCACUAUGCUAACUAUACAAAUAUUACUUGAGAAGUUUACAUUUUAGAAAACAAAAACACACGAAUUUUUACCAAAUUGCUUAAUCCUGUGUUGGUAAACUGUUACACUGGAACGAUCGUAAAAUCUAUUUUUUUUUUCUAAAAUUAAACAUCCAAAAAGUGAAUUGUUAACUUAUAAAAACUAAAUAAAACUAAAUGCUGUUAGUACUGAAGUAAUGGUCCCGGGGGGGAUCUUGCUUCUAUGAGCAACAGCUGGAACAAACUACAUUUUUUUUUCCAAGUGCAUCGAAGUACAUAAAUGACACAUACGAGAAACUGCUGGGCACAAUGUGUAGCACAGGCGUGUUUCUUACACAACUUCUAAUCUGUAAUACUUCUAAUCUGUAUUUGUAAAGGUACUGCUGUGGUGGAAUUUCCUUGACGUGUUUAAAAUGUGACCAAACAGACACUAAAAAUCCAUGGACACCAAAUGAUAGUUGCAUGCACACUUUUCAAGGUUUGCAAUACACAAAGCUUACUAAAACGUGCUUGGUGAUUUGCCUUCAGCUUUUUAUAGAGCACUUUUACAAGGACAACCAACUUUUUUGAUAGGUUUUUAAUUUUGUCUAAUUUCUAUUGUUUGUAUUACUCUUUUAGAAAUUUGGAAAUAAAGUUCCUUUCCCUACUGGC